GUAAAGUUAGUGGCGAAUAAGAAAGAAAAGUAAUUCGGGUGGCAAACGUGAAAGAUUUGUAUAAUUUGAGUGACCAAACGUGUAAUUUAGCCAUCUGAAAAAUAAUGAAAGCAGACAAGAAGAAACAAAAACGCGUUCAGUUACUACUAAUAGAACUAAAAACCAGAAAAGAGAGGAGGCGACGAUGGGGAGAAAGGAUUCGCAGUCGGCGGUGGGGAAUCUAGAGGAGGUGGCGGGAGGAAAGGGAGGCGACGGGAAUCGAGGGGAGGAGGCGACAGGGGAAAAGGCAGGCGGCGGGGGGAAAGGAUUCGAAGUCGGAAGCGGGGGAAAGGGAGGCGACGGGAAUCGAGAGGAGGAGGCGGCAGGGGUUGCGAGGUCGGGCGACAGGGUAAAGGGAGGCGGCGGGUCAAAGGGACGAAAUCGACGGCAAGGGGGGAGAUGGACGAUAUCGGCGGCCUAGGUCUCGAGAGGAAGAAGUUGAGAGAGGGAGGGAGCUGUUGGGCGGCGGGUGUGGGAGAAGAUGAGGGUAGGGUUGGCCGACUAGGGUUUGGAGGUGGGUUUGUGGGUUAAAAAAAAAAGAGAGAAAAUUUUUGCUUUAGGUGAGAUUCGAAUUGAGGGUUGUUUUAAUGAAAACAAACGGGAAUCCCGUGUAAAACAUGUAGAAGAAUCAAAUCCAAAUCAAUAAAUUGUUGUUUCUCAAAUUUGGGCCCUGUUGUGCAAAUAUGAUUCACAACAAAAUAGAAACCCAACUAAACAUGUUUUUUUUUCUUGGUUUCUCCCAUCUUGAAAAACACAACAAAAAACAAAAACAGGCAACAAUACUAAACGGAGCCUUAGCUCAGGUUUCUUUUGCUAAGCACAUUGACUAUCCUAUAAUGCAAAAAUGAUGCAAGUUGCACAUAUGGUGGAUUGGAUAUACUUGCAAAAAGCUUCAAGAGAAUGAGACCAAACCAGCUCCACUGGACUAAUUAAGUAAACUAUGCAUUAUUGUUUAUGAUCUAAUUAUUAGUUGAUAAUGCCAAUCUCCAAUUAAGUAGGGCAUGGGGGAUCAAGGAACAGCCACCAAAAUUAACUUAUUCGAUGGAUGCAGUGAAGUUGACAAACAACAAAAGUCUGUCCUAAAAUAAAAUUUUAAUUAUUGAAUGGACUCAAAUUGAUCAUAGAACUGGUUUGACCUGGUAGUUACACACACAUUAUCGUCAUCCAACUUAAACUGAAAGGGCACCAGCUUGGAGUUCAGCUUUUCCCUGUAUACUACUCUAUUAAUAUAAUUAACCAUCUUUUUUUAAUUAAUUAAUAUUUUGUUUCCCAUUACCUUUGAUGAAAUAGAAGUAUAGAAAUGUGCUGUGCAGAGCCAAAGAGCACGACAAAGAUCCAUAUGCCGACACCUUCUUUCUUUUCUCCCAACUUCAAAAAAGUUGACAAUGAUUUGUGUUCGAAGGAACAUGGAUUGGAGGGAGCUGGCUUCGUCUUGGAUUUAAGCAGUGAUUAGUGAUUAAUUUUUUUGUGAUUGACUUAAUUAAUGUAAAAAUGAGACGUCCAUUUGGCAUUUUGCUUAUGGCAAUGGAUCACUCAGUAAGUAGUAAUUAUGCAUUCUUUUUUUCUUCCUUAGCAUAAUUGCGUCUCCAGAACUAGAAGCUAUGGCGGGAGAGCCGGAGAAGGACUAACGUGUCUUCAUUAAUUGUAUACGGCGGGAUUUGUUUUCAUUUUCUUUCGAGAAAAUAUUUUUUAACCUACAAACAACGUUAGGCAAUUCACACACAAAAAAAAAGUUUCAAUCUGUUAGGAAAUUGGAUCAAUUUACAUCAAAUAGUUAAUUAACCAAGGUUCGUCAUCAACAUCGAGAUCUCACCAAAGUUCGUCCAUCGAACUGCGUAUAUCAAGCGAAACUCAUUUUCUUCUUUUGAAUGGUUACGGCAAGAUCAAGAUAUUUUAUAUUUCUUUGACAUUCUCGUCGUGGGUUUAACCUGACAUAAGAGUGCUAGAAUUUUGUUGUUCCUUCUUCUUUCUUUUACUUUUGUGAAUUUUGUUGGACCAGUAUGGUCCACUAUAGUUUAAUUUGCAAAGUCAAAUUAUUGCUAUAUUAUUGAGAGAGCGGCGCCAUCAAGCUACAGACAUCUGCCUGAAAUUUGUAAAUCCCGUUGACUAAUGUCCGCUAAGACCAACUUACAAGAAACCAAUGAUCUCUUUUUUUAACCACUUGCUUCAAAACCGACGAUAUAUAUGAUCCUGCUAAAAAUAAAAUGGAUGAUAUUUACCUACAACCGGGUUUGCAGGUUAUGCCUACAACCUCCCCACAUGGCAGCAUUCUAAUGGUUGAUUGCCUUUUAUUCUAUCUUUCUUAAUUUUGAAUUAAAAUGGUUCAUAGAAGUGGUUGCCGGCAAAUUGUAUAAUUAUUCCAUAACUCAUUAAAUCAUGUAACUAAGU